UUUUGGCAGACGAUAUCGGCCGUGUCUUUAUUUACCGUACAUAACCUGUGCACUUAUAUCUAUCGCCCUACCCCCGGGCCAUUAAACUUUUUCUACAUACGUGUACCUGAACAACAUCAAGUGUUUUGAGAAAAACGUGUCUACAUGUGUGUGCUAUGGGAUGAUAUUGUGUUUCAGACUCAUGGAUACAUACGCGACCUGUCAUUGUUCAAUACAUCUUAUUCUCCUCGUGUCCUGGGCGGGAUAUGCUUCAGGGGGCCUUUGUUGGGCCAACAUUUCACCGUCCAAUUCUUGCAGUACCUUGUACAGAGCCAAUAUUACCCGAGAGGACUGCUGUCGGACUUUCUCCCCCUCCAUAGGCUGGUCCCCAUCUGAUCUUCUCACCAACGGACAGGUGUUUUAUUGGAAGGCACUAAUGAAGAGCGUGUCACACUGCCAACGUUGCCAUAAUAGUUGUGCCAACAUCCGAUGUGCCCCGGGUCGUGUUUGCCGGAUGCGGAAGGGGGUACCUAAGUGCGUGUGUAGGCCCCGAUGUACGAACGAAAUGCGGAAGCGUGGUUCCUUGUGUGGAACUGAUAGUGUCAACUACAAGAACUAUUGUCACAUGCUCAAAAGAAAUUGCAGAAAGAACCAACAGACACACGUUGCCUACUUUGGCAAGUGUAAACGUGCAUGUAAGAGAGUUAAAUGUUUAACCGGAACUCAGUGCCUGGAGGACCAAAACGGACUUCCCCACUGUGUGCGAUGCCGGUCAGUGUGUCCGGCAGUGACAAAUCCCAAUUACGUGUGUGGGGAUGACCAGGUGUCUUACCCUAGCGUCUGUCACGUGAGGGCCUCUAUAUGUAGCCGACAGACACCGAUACGUAUCACAGUCGUCAGAAAAAGAGAUUUUAACAGAACAUGUAAGAAAUGUAGAAGGAAAAAGAGAAGAAAACAUAGACGAAAACAGCGACGAUAUAAAACCAGCAUAGGAUAUUAUAAAGUAAAUGUUUACAAUCCACAAAAAUCCGGGAAAUCAGAACAGAUCCUGAAACUGCAAAUCAUUUCUGAUGCGAACAGUUUGUCACGAGAUGUCAGUUGACCCGAUUUCUGAACGAAUGACAAUAGAGAGGUCAAAACGUGCAUUCCCAACAAGAACUUUAUUAUCCAGAGAUGUAUGAUGUUAUAGCGUUGGUCUUCCCAGUUACAGUGACGAUAAGGCCUAAGGAUGAAGGAGUGACGUCACAAGAAAUGAAAGACUAGGUCGAGGCUUCCAGGAAGCAAAAGUUGCAAAGAUUGUGAUGUCAGCAGCGGUUUAUUUUCAAAGCUGUCGAUAAUUUAAUGUUCUUUAUUUUGAUAUUAUUAGCACCACAACCCCAUAAUUUUAUUUAACUUUCAUCAUAACAUCUUGUGAUCGAUAAGCCAUAAUUGGUUUAUUUAUAAAUGUGUAUCAUCAUAACACUGCCAUAUUGUCAUUAUUACAUUGUAUCAUCGUCAUCAGACGUUUACUCAAAGGUGUCUCCAAUGUCACGUGACCGGCUCAGUUAGUGUUGUGUUAAUUCAGUAAGUUGUCGUGUUGCGUGAGUUGUGCGAGGUAGAUUUGGGCCUGUCCACAUUAUAGUACAGUGUAGGUGACAAGUGGUGAUUUGGCCUGGAAUAGUUUUUGUGAGAUAGUAAACACAUUUAACACAGCACUCACAUUGGGAAUGUUACCAAACUAGGUCACUAGAAUAACUUAGCCUGUAUCAAUAAGACUGCGCAUGCUGUCUGUCAUUGGAUGUAAGCAAUAAAACCACGACAUUAGACAUGUCAAUUAUGCGUGUGCCUUUCUGCUCUGUACAAGAUAGCCAUGGUUUUUCUUGGCUUCGACACGUUUUCAGGAUCAGAUAAUAUAAAGAAAACCAGUUUGUCACUUAGGAACGUGAUAAAAACGUCUGCAACAAGUGCGUCUGAGACGUACUGCCAACAGCCACAAGGACCAAACGAGGACAGAUAAACGGAAACUGGUUAGUCAGCACACAGCAAAUGAAGCCAAUCUGUUUCUGUACAUACUUUCAAUAUUGAAUAGACCACAAGAAAAGUUCGGGAACAGAAUCCAUCAAUAACCUUAAGUGUAGAUAAACACGUACUAGUAUAGACUAAUACUUAUGUGAAUGCAGAUGGUUGGUUAGGGGAUUAGUUGGUUGGUUACAAGUUUUUCGUCUUCUUGAGGAUGCAGAGAUUUAGUGAAUUAUCAGGAAUUGAAAAUCAAAGUUUGUCAUGCGCUGAUAUAAUGUGAGGACGACUUUUAGAAAAAACGUAAUUUGUGGUGUGUGAUGUGUCGUGCGCUUUGUGAGAACGAUAGAGCGUGACGUAUUUUGUGUUAGAUCGGUAGAGCGUGACGUAUUUUGUGUCAUUGUUCUGUCGUGUAUCCAGUAAUUUCGGUAGAGCAUGACGUAUAUUGUGUCAUUGUUCUGUCGUGUAUCCAGUAAGAUUGGUAGAGGGUGACGUAUUUUGGGUCAUUGUUCUGUCGUGUAUCCAGUAAGUUCAGUAGAGCGUGACGUAUUUUGUGUUAUUGUUCUGUCGUGUAUCCAGUAAGUUCAGUAGAGCUUGGCGUAUUUUGUAUCAUUGUUCUGUCGUGUAUCCAGUAAGUCCAGUAGAGCGUGACGUAUUUUGUGUCAUUGUCCUGUUGCGUAUUCAGUAAGUUGGGUAAAACACAAGAAAUAUUUUGUGUAAUUUGUCGUAUUUGAAAUAACUGUGGGACGUAAAUGCCGUUUAAAGUCAGUAGAGUGUGAUACUUUUGUGAAGCGUGACGCGUAUUUAGUGUAUGACCAGUAACGGCGUCUUUUGUCCUUACUUCUUAAUGAGAAUAUUUGUAUCCAGAAAUCGACUUCCUUAGGAGGCAAGGCAAUUCAUUAUAUCAUAGUCAUAUUACUAAUUUUAUUUCUGUUUCAUUAAAAGCAACAUUAUGAAAA